AUGGCCACACAGAAGCCUAGCAUGUGGGUCCAAUCCCUCAUCACCAGAUUCGAUUCCCAGCUGCCAAUCAGGACCGGCCUACACUCGACACUGGCUCUGCAGAACAUCGAACAGAACAAAGAGUUUUUGAUUCACGUGAGCCGCCACAAGUUCCAACUCGUCAUUAACGGACUCACAAAAAUUCUCCAGUCCGUCGAUAUGAUGGUCAGUCAGUUAGACGGUUCAAGUUUCAGAAUUGUCGGAGCAGAAGCAGAAAGAAAUUUUUAUGACUCCCAAAUUAUGAUCCUUGACACUCUUGAAAAAGUUCUCAAUGGACAACCAAAAGACACUUCACGAUUGGAUGAAGCCAUGUAUGUCAGGCUCCUCCUACCUGAGCUUUGCAAGUUUUUGAACCAAUCGAACGAGGGUGGCAUCCUUGCCAACCAAUUAAAACAGCUGGCCUCAAAAGUUUUGUUUGCUCUCAGUCUCAACAACUUCACUGCUGUCUUCAAUAGAAUUUCUGCAAGGCUGGCGACGUUGUCAUCUGCAGUGGAGGAGAGCCAGGACUUCACCGACAUUGAACUCAUCCAACACAUCAACGUCGAUCUCAGCAGGCUUAUCAAGUUACUCAACGAGGCAGCCUCGAAGUUCAAAUUUCUGAAGAAGCCUGUCCAACUCUGCAUGGCUGUCAGCUUAGAGAAGGCCAUAUGGAACUGGUUAUCAACAUACCCAGAAGAAUUUGCAACACUUCAAAUCGAGCCAAGCCAGGAGUUGGCUGAUUGCUGUGACAAGUUAUUUGAACUGGCAAAUUCAUUUGGAGAAAACACGAAGAAAAAAGUUGGAGUCUGGCCUUUACAGAUGAUCCUACUUAUUCUAUGUCCCCCAAUCCUGGAAGAAAUAAACAAUGCCGACAGUGGUGCUCCUUGCUCAGCUCAACAUUUGAAGAAGAAACUGUUCAUAGAUGAACUGAAGCGAGCACUGAACAACAACCACAGCAGCCACAAGCCGCUGCAGGAAGGAGCUGCAGUGACGUGCGUGAAGCUCUGCAAGGCAUCAACGUACAUCAACAGUAAGGAUAGGGCCAAUGUUCUCUUUCAGCUGGUUCACUCCAUUUUGCAGGACUUGAAACUUCUCUUGUUCAACGUACAAAAGCCGUUCUCUCGCGGCGCCAGCUAUCUGAAUCAGGACGUUGACUUGAUGAUCGAGUGCUUCAUCUCAUGUUUUCGUGUCACGCCACACAACAACGAACUCCUCAAAAUUUGCCUCAAUCCCAAUUCUCCUCACACAUUCCACUUCGUUCUCAUCAACGCUCUCCAUCUCAUCAUCACGCAGAAACGGUUGCCGUGGUGGCCGAACAUCGAGAUCAUGCACGUAAAGUCGGGCGAGUUGAGGGGCUUGUUCACGGAAACAUUGAACAAGGUGUCCCAGAUGAACCACACACCACUCAGAUUAUCCCAGAGCCUCACACUUAGAGACAAGGUGCAUGUCUUGAAAUUGAAAGAGAAGCCAUCUGAAGAAGCUCUGAGUUUGAAGUACUUGUUACUGGGCAUCGUACGCUUGAUACACGCCGACCCAAUACUCAUGCUAUACAACCCGAGCAAAGCGAGUCACGAGAUUCAGAGCAGCACUUUGGAGUUGAUCAAUGGUUUGGUAUCGUUAGUGCACCAGCAGCAGAUGCCUGAUGUGGCCCAGGAAGCCAUGGAAGCCCUACUCUGUCUGCACCAAGUUGAAAUCAUCGAACUCUGGAACCCUGAAGAUCCCAUCUCCACCUUCUGGGAAGUUAGCUCGCAGAUGUUGUACAGCAUCUCUCAAAAGUUGAUACAGCACCAGAUGUUCAACUACCCCGAUGUUCUGAAAUGGCUGAGGGACAUACUGACGUGUAGGAACAUGUUCCUAAAUAAAAACAAGGAGUAUGCAUUCAUGGGCCCCAACCCGCUCAUCUUCAAGCAGGCUCAGAUCAAAGUUGAGAUUGUUUUCUACGUGUACCUCUGGAGUAUCGACAUUGACGCAGUUUUGACGUCGAUGUCUUGUUUUCAAGCGCUGUGUGACGAGGGUGAAAUAAGGAGUGCCAUGGUUGAUGACACCUCCGCAGUCCACUUCCUCCCCAACUACAACGUGUUCAUGGAGCUCGCUGCUGCCUCCACUGUCCUUACCACUGGUUCUUAUGCUCCCACACACACACGCGUACAACACUCAGGACGUGCAGUUCUACAGAAACGCAUCAUGGGUCUGUUGAGGAAGAUUGAGGAGUCGACGGCUGGGAACAUGCACGCGUGGAACGAGACGUUCAUGUUCUGGGAGAGCAGCACGAGGUACCUGGACAACUACCCGAAGACGAAGAUGGAGGACGGUGGGGUGGAGAUGCUUCAGAAGUCUGCCACCAAGAGGAGAACUUCUCACCAGAGCACCGAACACGAGCUGGAGGAUCACCUGAAUGAAUGGGCAAACAUGACUGGCUUCCUCUGCUCUCUUGGCAGUGUCUGUUUGCAAAACAGAUACAACAGACAGCCACAGAACUGUGAGAUUCGUAAGAGCAGUGUUGUCCCUGGCUUCGGAGAUUUACAGUAUUGUCCCGUCACUCAAUUUAUAGGGCACCUGCUGAAGUUGUUGGUGUGCAACAAUGACAAGUUCGGUCAGCAGGUACAGAAGCACGUGAAGGAGUUGGUCGGUCAUGAAUUGAACCCAUCCCUCUACUCCAUACUCUUCGAUCAGAUCAAGUUGUUCGUUGACAAGUUCUUCGAUUCAACUGGACAGGCCAUAGUAUCGGACUCGAACACCCUCUUCAUAGAGAACAUCAUCUUCAUAAUGAAGAACAUUCUCGAAAAUAAGGCAGAACAGCAGAACGAACAACUCGGAGUCACGUGCAUUGAGUUCCUCAUGCUUGCUAUCGUCAGGUACAUCAGGCACUUGGACGCCAGCGUGCAUUCCAUACAGGUGAAGACGAAAGUCUGCCAGCUGGUGGAGGCCAUGAUGAGUCGCAGGGACGAUCUCACCUUCAGACAGGAAAUGAAGUUCAGGAACAAGCUGGUCGAGUACCUUUCUGACUGGGUCAUGGGCAAUUCCCACCAAGUCAAUGUGCUCGGGGAUUUCUCGCAAGUUUCGCGUGACCUUGACAUGGCCAGCAUGGAAGCAGUGGCAGCCCUUUUGAAAGGCCUGCCCCUCCAGCCCGAGGAAAGUGAUCGAGGUGAUCUGAUGGAAGCCAAGUCUCAACUCUUUCUCAAAUACUUCACUCUCUUCAUGAACUUGUUAAAUGAUUGUUCCGACGACAACCCAGAUGACAAAUGUCCAUCCAACGAGACGCGGGGCGUCAAAUUAAACAGCACGAAUGCCCUCCGCAACUGUACGGUCCUUGCCAUGUCCAACCUUUUAAAUGCUAAUAUCGAUAGCGGACUCAUGCAUUCCAUUGGGUUGGGCUACCAUAGAGACCCGCAGACAAAAGCAGCGUUCAUGGAGGUCCUAACAAAAAUACUGCAGCAGGGCACUGAGUUUGAAACUCUCGCUGAGACGGCCUUGGCUGAUCGAUUUGAAAGACUGGUCGAACUGGUGACCAUGAUUGGAGAUAAGGGGGAACUUCCCAUCGCGAUGGCUCUGGCGAGUGUCGUGGCCAACCCCCACAUGGAUGAACUGGCGAGAGUUUUUGUGAACCUCUUCGAUGCCAAACACCUGCUCUAUCAGCUGCUUUGGAACAUGUUCUCCAAAGAAGUGGAGAUAGCAGACUGCAUGCAGACGUUGUUCAGAGGCAACAGUCUGGCGAGCAAGAUCAUGACCUACUGCUUCAGAAUUUACGGUCAGGGCUACUUGAGGGAACUUCUGUUCGGCCUCAUCAACGACAUGUUUAUCGCCGAGAGGGCUGGCGUGUCUUAUGAGAUCGAUCCAACGAGGUUGGACCCCAGUGAGAUGAUGGAGGAGAACAAGAGGAACCUCUUGAAUCUCACGCAGAGAGUUUUUGAUGUCAUCGUCACAUCAACUGAAAGGUUAUUCCCUCCGAAGUUGCGCAGCAUGUGCCACUGCUUGCAUCAGGUCGUCACGCAGAGGUUCCAGCAGAGUCCCUCUGAAGCCGUCUGGAUUGUCAUCGGCACCGUCAUCUUUCUUAGAUUUAUCAAUCCUGCUAUAGUAACCCCGUGUGAAUCGGGCAUAAUAGACCAGCCGACGACCCUUCGAAUGAAGCGCGGACUGACCCUGAUGUGUAAGAUAAUGCAGAACAUCGCCAACCACGUGCUCUUCACAAAGGAGAUUCACAUGAAAGUCUUCAACGAUUUCCUCAGAGCCAACUUUGAAAUCGGAAUCAAAUUCUUCCAGGAGAUAGCAUCGGACUGCGAGACACUGGACACCUCGAACCACAGCCUCUCCUUCAUCAGUGACUCCAACGUUCUCGCUCUGCACAGACUUCUCUGGAUCAACCAGGAGAAGAUUGGCGAUUAUUUGAGUAGCAGCAGAGACCACAAGGCGGUUGGCAGGAGGCCGUUCGAUAAGAUGGCCACCCUGCUGGCCUACCUCGGUCCGCCAGAACAUCGGCCCCUGGAUUCACAAUGGAACAGCAUGGAUAUGUCGAGCACGAAGUUUGAGGACGUCAUGUCGAAACACAACAUGCACGAGAAGGAUGAGUUCAAAUCUCUCAAGUCCCUUAAUAUUUUCUAUCAGGCAGGCACCAGCAAGCAGGGCAAUCCCGUUUUUUACUACAUCGCCAGGAGAUACAAAAUGUCUGAUAUGAGCGGGGACCUUCUCAUCUACCACGUCCUCCUCACACUCAAACCUUUCUACCACAAACCUUUCGAAGUCGUUGUCGACUUCACUCACACCUGUGGGGACAAUCGAUUUAGAGCUGACUUUUUGCAAAAGUGGUUCUUCGUAUUGCCCGAUGUUGUCUAUCAAAAUAUUUGGAUGGCUUACAUUUACAACUGCAACACCUGGGUCAGAGAGUACAGCAAGUAUCACGAGAGGAUUCUUUCACCUCUCAGGGGCAAUCGCAAGAUGAUUUUCGUGGACAACCAAAUGAAGCUGAACGAGUACAUCGACGCGGACCAGCAGAAGCUGCCGGGAGCCACUCUCAACCUCGAGGAAGAUCUCAAAGUCUUCACCAAUGGACUCAAGUUGGCUCAUAAGGAUACCAAAGUUUCUAUCAAGGUAGGACCAAACGCCAUCCAGAUAACAUCGAACGAUAAAUGCAAGCUGCUAGGCCACUCAAUCAUUCUCAAUGAUGUUUACUACGCUUGUGAAAUUGAAGAGGUGGUGUGCUUGGUGGAUGACAACCAGUUCACUUUGACGAUCUCAAAUGAGAGUAGCAACUUGAGUUUCAUCCACAACGAUUGCGACAGCAUCGUUCAGGCCAUCAUUCACAUCAGGACCAGAUGGGAACUCUCCCAACCUGACAGUGUGACAGUGCAUACAAAAAUUCGACCUAAAGAUGUGCCAGGAACCCUGCUUAAUAUCGCGUUACUGAACCUAGGCAGUCAGGAUCCAAGUCUGAGAUCAGCCGCCUACAAUCUGCUCUGCACGCUCACGCAGACGUUCGACCUGAGGAUCGAGGGACAGCUUCUGCAGACUGGAGGUCUGUGCAUUCCAUCUAACAACACGGUCUUCAUAAAGAACAUCAGCGAUCGCAUAGCGGCCAACGAACCCCACCUCACCCUCGAAUUCCUCGAAGAGUGCAUCCAGGGUUUUCGUAAUUCCAACAUCGAGAUGAAACAUCUCUGCCUCGAGUACAUGACUCCAUGGCUCCCUAAUCUCACCAGGUUCUGCCGCCAUAACGACGAGAAUAAAAGACAAAAAGUUUCUUUGAUUUUGGACAAACUCAUCACCAUUACAAUUGAUGAGAUUGAGAUGUACCCAUCUGUGCAAGCGAAGAUCUGGGCUAAUUUGGGUCAAGUCUCAGAAUUAAUUGACCUAGUUCUAGAUAGUUUCAUUAAGAGAAGUGUGACUGGCGGUCUGGGCUCCAUCCAGGCAGAAAUCAUGGCAGACACUGCAGUUGCACUGGCCUCUUCAAAUGUCAGCAUUGUGUCUCGUAAGGUCAUCUGGCGACUCUGCAGGCUGAUAGAUCGGACCUGUUUGUCGCCGGUGCAUUCGCUGGAGCAGCAUUUAAUGUGGGACGACAUCGCCAUCCUCCUGCGAUACCUCCUCAUGCUCUCCUUCAACAAUGCACUCGAUGUUGCCGCCCACUUGCCCCUUCUCUUCCACGUGGUGACUUUGAUGGUGUGCACUGGCCCCCUCUCUCUGCAGGCCUCCGUUCACGGCCUCGUCAUCAACAUCAUCCAUUCCUUGUGCACCUGCUCGCAACUCGAAUUCAGUGAUGACGUGGUGCGUAUGCUCAAAUUGAGUCUCACAGAAUUCUCCCUGCCGAAGUUCUACCAAUUGUUCGGCAUCAGCAAGGUGAAGUCUGCAGCGGCGAGUGCGUUUCAGUCGAGUUACAGGCCAGGGGGUGACCGAUCGUUCGCCUACACGCCCCCCGAGCAGGAACGUGUCUCCCUCCAGUCACUCGAAAUCAUCGCAGAUUCUCUCGUAGAACUCAUGGAAGGGUGCGUAAAGGAGCUGAAGGAUUACAAAUGGCGGAGUCAGUGGACCGAACUUGCUCGAGGGUUCGCAUACCAGUACAACCCGGCCCUCCAACCCAGAGCCAUCAUCGUCUACGGUUGCAUCAGCAAGUCCAUCACCGAUCCUGAAAUAAAACAACUUCUCAGAAUUCUCGUUAAGGCUCUGGAGUCCUACACAGAUUUGAAUUUGAUCGAAGCAAUCAUCAUGUGUUUAACAAGACUCCAACCGAUCCUCAGUCAGGACUCAAUAAUCCACUGCCACCUGUUCUGGGUGGCCAUAUCUGUUCUACAGCUGGACGAGAUCUCCCUCUACGCCGCUGGCCUCGCUCUGCUCGAGCAGAACCUCCACAUGCUCGAUAACCUGGGCAAGUUCGACAAGGAGUCUCUGGAGAAGGUGAUGAUGGACACGCGUGAGGCCCUGGAAUGGCACUUCAAACAAUUAGACCAUUCCAUGGGGCUGAGCUUCAAGGCUAACUUCAACUUUGCUCUCGUAGGUCAUCUUCUCAAAGGUUUGAGGCAUCCAAUCACAAACACCGUCUCCAGGACAGUUCGUGUCCUCAACAUGUUGCUCGCCAUCACAGCCAAGCCCGCUAAGAGGGAUAAGUUUCAGGUGACCAUUCAAAGUGCUCCAUACCUGGCUGCCCUGCUCACCCAAUCAGAAGAGGUUCGUAGUAGAUGUCACCUGCGAACGCAACAGCACCGAUUUAACAACAUCAACAACAGCAACAACUCCAAAAUGAUGAGCAUCUCAAACGCAUCCAACAACAGUCCCAAGUCCUGGCGAAGUUUGGAUCUCGACCAGGCAUCCUCUUCCUGCAUCAACAAGCAGUCAUUCAAGACCCAUCGAAGCAGUUCUGUGCCAGCCCCGAAAACAUCAUCAUCUUCUUCCUCCUCCUCCACCACCCACAUUGACAACCAAUCAAAAGACGGGAACGUGAAAGACAGAAGUUUGAGAGGUUCCAUAUCGAAUGAGAACAACGUCUUGCUCGAUCCC